CUCACUCGCUCAGUGUGAGACUGAAAAAUGGCUGUGGCUGGUAUUUUAGCAGAUCAGGAUCAGUUCAGCUGUCUAGUAUGUUCGGAACUCCUGAGGGAUCCAGUGGCUAUUCCCUGCGGCCACAGUUUCUGUACGGUGUGUAUUAAUGGUCACUGGGAUCAAGAGGAGGGUGUCUUUAGCUGCCCUCAGUGUAGAGAGACUUUCACUACAAGGCCUGUUUUAUACAGGAACAACAUACUGGCUAAAGUGGUGGAGAAACUGAAGAAGACUGAACUCCAAGCUGCUUCUCCUGCUCACAGUUAUGCUGGACCUGGAGAUGUGGAGUGUGAUUCCUGCACCGGGAGAAAACGCAAAGCUGUUAAUUCCUGUCUGGUUUGUCAGGCCUCCUAUUGUGAAGAUCAUCUUAAACCUCACUAUCAGUCUCCUGCCUUUAAGAAGCAUAAGUUAGUUGAAGCCUGUGCAGAGCUCCAAGAGAAGAUCUGCUCUGAACAUGACAAACUGAUGGAGAUCUACUGUCGUACUGACCAAAGCCUCAUCUGUUACUUGUGUACGAUGGAAAAACACAAAGGUCAUGAUACAGUUUCAGCUAAAACAGAAAGAUCUGAAAAACAGAAUGAUCUACAGGAGGAGCUGAUGAAAUUCCAUCAAAGGAUCCAGGAGAAGCAGAAGAAGCUGCAGGAGCUGAAACAGACUGUGGACAUUAUUAAGGUGCGUUCACAGGCAGCAGUAGAUGACAGUGAGAGGAUCUUUACUGAGCUGAUCAGCUCCAUGGAGAAAAAGCGCUCGGAGGUGACGGAGCUGAUCAGAGCUCAGGAGAAAGCUGAAGUGAGUCGAGCUGAACGACUCCUGAAUCAACUGGAGCAGGAGAUUGCUGAUCUUACGAGGAGAGUCACUGAGCUGGAGCAGCUUUCACACACACACGAUGACCUCCACUUUCUCCUGAGUUUCCAGUCUCUCUGUGUUUCUCCUGGAUGUGACGACUCACUCAGCUUCACUGUCAAUCAACAUCUCUCAUUUGAUGGAACGAGGAAAUCUCUCUCAGGUCUGAAAAAACAAGUCGAGCAAAUCUGUGAGGAGGAAUUCAACAAAAUCCAACCACAAGCUGCAGCAGUUCAGACAGUUUUACCUUCAGAACCAAAGAGCAGGGAAGAUUUUCUGAAGUAUUUCCAUUGUCUGACUCUGGAUCCAAACACAGCAAAUCGCCAACUCAUUCUAUCUGAUAACAACAGAGUGGUGACACGCAGUAGGAAACAAGAGCAAUACUCUGAUCAUCCAGAGAGGUUUGACUAUUGGACUCAGGUGUUGUGUAAGGAGAGUGUGUGUGGACUUUGUUACUGGGAGGUGGAGAGGAGCAGGCACAUGCUCAUAUCAGUCUCAUAUAAAGAGAUCAGCAGGAAAGGAACGGGUGAUGAGUGUUUGUUUGGACACAACAGUCAGUCCUGGAGUCUGCGGUGUUCUUCUUCAUCUGUCUCUUUCUGGCACAACAACAUUGAGACUAAGCUCCAAGGUCCAUCAUCCUCCAGAAUAGGAGUGUAUGUGGAUCACAGUGCAGGAACUCUGUCCUUCUACAGCGUCUCUGACACCAUGAGGCUCCUCCACAGUGUCCACACCACGUUCACUCAGCCUCUAUACGCUGGGCUCUGUAUAUGGAAGUAUGAUUUACCCGUCUCUUUGUGUGAUCCAAAAUAAUAUGUUUCAGUGUCAUUGUUAUGUGCAAAAAGUGUAAAAUUUAUGUUAUAUUCAUUCAUUCAUUCAUUCAUUCAUUUUUCUACCGCUUAUCCGAACUUCUUGGGUCAUGGGGAGCCUGUACCUAUCUCAGGUGUCAUCGGGCAUCAAAGCAGGAUACACCCUGGACGGAGUGCCAACCCAUCACAGGGCACACACACACACUCAUUCACUCAUGCAAUCACACACCACAGACAAUUUUCCAGAGAUGCCAAUCAGCCUACCAUGCAUGUCUUUGGACCGGGGAGGAAACCGGAGUACCCGGAGGAAACCCCCGAGGCACGGGGAGAACAUGCAAACUCCACACACACACAAGGCGGAGGUGGGAAUCGAACCCCCAACCCUGGAGGUGUGAGGCGAACGUGCUAUCCACUAAACCACUGUGCCCCCCUAUGUUAUAAUUAUAUAUCACUUAUUUAUGAUUAGACUUGGGGUUCUAUUCACAAAUGAUUUACAUAUUAAAAUAUUAUAAAUUCACUCAUUUUAUAAGAUUUAUUACCCUGAUAUAAAAAAAAUGUACAAUGUUUUUGUUUUUUUAUGCAUUUCUUCAAAAAAUAAUAAAACUUUCUGAAACUGCUC